GAAGAGAGGGACGCCUUCGCUCUCAGCCGGAAUAUUGUUUAUAUUUUGUAUUUACAUUUUCCUAUGAGUGCAUAUGAACAAGGGGAACAGCUUUACUUGGAUAGUUGCACUUUAAAGAAUUCCGUUGGAUUUCCUCGGACUUCUGGAUUUUGUAUAUUACAGUCAUGAGUGCAGUUGAAGCUGAACACUUUUCUCUUAGGUGGAAUAAUUUUCAUAGCAAUUUAGCUACUGGUUUCCAUGCUCUGUUAGAAGAAGUUGACCUCGUUGAUGUUACUAUAGCUGCUGAGGGACAAUUUGUGCAGGCUCAUAAGAUAGUGCUGUCUGUUUCCAGCCCAUAUUUCAAAGAGCUAUUUAAGGUCAAUCCAUGCAAACACCCAAUAGUAAUACUCAAAGAUGUUUGCCACAAGGAAUUAGUGGCAAUACUACAGUUCAUGUACCAAGGAGAGGUGAAUGUGAGGCAAGAAGAACUGGGAGCUUUCUUGAAAACUGCAGAAUUACUGCAGAUCAAGGGACUCACAGGGAAUGAACCACCUUCAGAAGAUGUACCACCAACGCCCAGGAUGCGCAUGAAACCUGAUCCUCCCAUCAGCUCAGAAGAAAAUGCACCUCGUGCCUACAAACGUCAGCGUACUGAAAUGCCUGUGCAGAGUGUUAUGAGGACACCACCGAACACAUCAUCUCGUGUCAUGUCACCAGCACCACAUCCGGCUCCGCCUCCUGUGACAACUCAGCCUCCAACACCAGCCCAGCCACCGGCGCCAGUACAAGCUCCAGUACCGCCUCCAGCUUCAGCCGCAGCUCCCAAUCCAGUUAGUGUUCCAAAAGUAGCACCACCGAGUCCCGAAACCAUUGCAGAAGAGUCACUUCCAUUUGAUAUGCGCGAUGAACACAGACCGAAGGAAGAACCAGCUGAUUAUGAAUCAGACAUUGAAGAAAUUGAGUGCAAAGUGGUACAGAGUAGCAGCUCUCUGAACCAAUUACUGCAUGGAGAGAGCAGUAUGCUGAGUCAGGGUUCUCCACAGAAUUCAUCAAAUUUAUUCGCCUCACUAACUGGGAUUUCACAAGAUUCUGGCAGUUCUCAGGAUGGUGCUCAAGGAGACCGCAGUGAGGAUGCAGCAUGUUCAGUAUGUGGUAAAGUGGUGCGCAAGACGAGCCUACGGAGACACAUCUUCGAUCGGCACAUGCCUAAUCAGCAGGUUCCUUGCCAAGUUUGUGGCAAAUUUUUCAAAACACAAAACAGUCUCUCCACUCAUAUGAAUUACAUUCACAAAAAUAAAAAGCAGCAAGAGUCACCCACAUUCUUUGACAUGAAUUGACUUUCCAUGUCUUUUAUGUGGAACAUAAAUUUAGUGCUUAACGGUAAUAAAACAGGAACUUCCAUCUGCGUCUUGUAUAUACGGGCAUUGUGUUUAGUCCAAGUCAAGUAGCACUGUGCCAAAGCUUGACAGAAGGUAAGUUAGGUCAAGGUUAUGAAUCAUGUAAGAGUACGCACUUUAGAUUGUUCUGUGUUGACUCCACAUGGAGGAAGACAGUCUUUGGCCAGGUAUUAUGCCUGUGUGUAAUGACAGAAAAGGUGUUUGUUAUCUAUUAUUACUUGAUCUUUUUUCUUAUUCAAGUGGUAAACAGUUUGUAAGGAUGCAUAAUCUGCAAUUUGCUCUCUUACAUCAACUGUGAAACCCACAUGGUAUUGCUCCAUUAUCAAUGAGAUGUCUGCUGUUUGUCUAUUGUGUCAUUGCCUCUGGCAACACAUUUCUCGAAGAGGCAAUUUUCAAGCAAGUGUACUCACUAAUACAGCACCAGAGUCUUGUGUUUAUGAAUAUCUUCCAAACAUUUUGCGUAUUUCAUUUAACACUACAAAUAUUCACUAUUUCUAUGAAUUUUUUGUGUUUCGUAAUAAACAGUCAUACAAUUUCAGAUAAAUAGGUACAUGAUGUACACUUUACCUUGAAAAUUUAAAAAAUCAGUGUAGAGUGUCACAGGCAACACAGUUGUUUUUUUAAUGUGACGAAGAGUGUAUGUAUUUAUUAUGCUUUUUAGACCAUUUAACCUGCACACACAUGCUGAGUUAACAUUACAUUAAGAGGAAAACAAGAGAAUUUCUUACAAGAGUCGAGGGAGUGCCUACUGCUGAAAAGCAGUCAUAGAUAAAUCAUCAAAAGCAUAUGAAGUAAUGGGAAGAUACCCAGAUGCAUUGAGAGUAAUAAUUCAGUUGAAGACAAUGACUCGUUAAAGGAAACUGGCUAUAGUCUCUAGCCAAAACCUUCUACAGGAUUGUUAGAAGUCAGUACUACAGCUGUGAAACAAUGCAUUUCAGAAAUAUGUCGCGAGUCAAAGUUGCUUUUAGUUGAUAGAAGGAGCAGAGAACCCAAACAAUUAAAUUUACUCUCAUUAUGACCAAUGGGGAAUGCACCGGACCACACAAAGGAGAUCAGUGGGGAGAGAAGAAAUCCAAAGGAUAGAGAAAAAAAGAAUGUUGAAUAUUUUAGAACUUAGAUCUGUAAAAAGAGAUUUCAUCACAACUUCUUAAGAGAAGGUUUGGUGUUUGGGAAAAGAGAGGGGUGGGACGAGACAGGAUCAUAUACAACUAACAUGUUUUUUUAUGGUUGGAUAUAGUGACAAAUACCUGACCACAACAUUAUUGUGCAUGGCCUCCCGUGGCCGUUAUCAGAAACACGCAAUGACAGUACGGUGUACAAAUACAGUGACUAAGGGAAGUGCAUCACACUGUGGAUGAUUACCAGGCAGUUGUUCAUAUAAUGUCAAGCGGUUAAAUGUGUCCUCAUAAAAUAUCACAAUAAAAGCUCGUGGUAAGCUGAUUGAAGCAGUA